AGGUAAUUUUUCCACACACACUCCUCUCUAAUCAUGUCACCUUAUCCUGAAUGAACCCGAUCAACUCAACCAAACCCAUCACUUCUCUCUCUCUCUCUCUCUCUCUCUCUCCAAGUCUUCUCUCCCUUGUCCCUUUCUCCAGCACCCUCUGCUUUUUCUCCCAGAAAAUCAAAACCACUGCGACCUCCUGUCUGCCUUAACCUGAAACCCCUUCCAUUUCAAACCCAUCACCCACUUGCAUUUUCCCACUGCUACCCUCUCUCUCUCUACAAUCUGCAUUCCCCCAUCUGGCUCCAUCCCCAACCAAUUUCACCAAUGGAAUCCCCAUCCCCAAUCCCAGAACACUCCCCAAACCCAAACACAACACCAACCACUCCUCAGAAGAAAACCCUCCUCACAUCCCUAAUGUCCGCCGCCCGGUCCCACUCCUUCCGCGAAGACACCUACCUCGUCUCCAACCUCAAACCCUCCGAACAGAAAUCCCUGCAAAACUUCAGGCAAAACCUCCAAACCUCCACCACCAACACCCCCUCCAUCUGGGGAAUCCCUCUGCUGAACGACGACGAGAAGUCCGACGUGAUUCUUCUCAAGUUUCUCCGGGCGCGAGACUUCCGGGUCCAGGAUUCCCUCCAGAUGCUCCUCAAGUGCCUCCAGUGGCGGUCGGAUUUCGGAGCGGACGGCAUUCUCGAUGAGGAACUUGGGUUUAAGGAAAUCGAGGGAGUUGUGGCUUAUAUGCAGGGGUACGAUCGAGAAGGGCACCCUGUUUGUUACAACGAUUACGGGGUUUUCAAGGAUAAGGAUCAGUACGAGAGGGUUUUCGGGGACGAGGAGAAAUUGGGAAAGUUUUUGAGGUGGAGGGUUCAAGUGCUCGAGAGAGGGAUCAAGAUGCUGCAUUUCAAACCCGGUGGGAUUAAUUCGAUUAUUCAGGUCACGGAUUUGAAAGACAUGCCCAAGAGAGAGCUUAGGGUCGCUUCUAAUCACAUUCUCUCCCUGUUCCAGGAUAAUUACCCCGAAAUGGUCGCCCGUAAGAUAUUCAUCAAUGUGCCAUGGUACUUCAGUGUCUUGUAUUCGAUGUUUAGUCCGUUUCUGACUCAGCGGACUAAGAGCAAAUUCGUAAUAUCUAAAGAAGGCAAUGUCGCAGAGACUCUGUACAAGUAUAUUAGGCCAGAGGACAUUCCGGUUCACUACGGUGGUCUGAGUCGGCCCAGCGAUCUACAGAACGGUCCACCGAAACCAGCAUCCGAGUUCACCGUGAAAGGAGGGGAGAAAGUGAACAUUCAGAUCGAGGGCAUUGAGGGUGGUGCAACAAUAACAUGGGACAUUGUGGUGGGCGGAUGGGAUUUGGACUACAGCGCUGAAUUCGUGCCAACCGCGGAAGGCAGCUACACACUUGCCGUGGAAAGACCGAGGAAAAUCGCCGCCGCCGAGGAGGCAAUUCACAACUCGUUCACCGCCAAAGAAGCCGGGAAAAUGGUGCUCUCGGUCGACAACACCGCCUCCUGGAAGAAGAAAGUCGCAGCUUACCGAUACGUAGUCCGCAAAUCCACAGCCGUAUAAGCUUCAAUGGUAACGAAGGACUUUGUGGGCUUGUUUUGCUUCUGGUUUUUUGUUUGGUUUGUUGAGAGGGUUUAAGUAAUGAAAUAGUACGAACUGGCGAGUAUCAUGUGAAAAUGGUGGGUGAUAUAUAAUUAUUAGCCUGGUAAAGAAGAAGAGGCAGCUUCACUUUC